GCCUCCAGCUCCGUAAGAAGAGAGAGACGUUCUCGGCGCCGCCACGAGGUCCCGUGGGCCGGUUACUCGCAGCGUUUGCAGAUCGAAAUGUCGCACCCUUCCCCCGAGACGAAGCCCUCCAAUGCUAGCAACCCCCGAGUCUUCCUGGAUGUGGACAUCGGAGGGGAGAGAGUUGGCCGGAUUGUCUUAGAAUUAUUUGCAGAUAUUGUACCCAAAACUGCAGAAAAUUUCCGUGCGUUGUGUACAGGAGAAAAAGGGACCGGUGCCAGCACCGGAAAGCCGCUCCAUUUCAAAGGAUGCCCUUUCCAUCGAAUUAUUAAGAAAUUUAUGAUUCAGGGUGGAGAUUUCUCAAAUCAGAAUGGGACAGGUGGAGAAAGUAUUUAUGGUGAAAAAUUUGAAGAUGAAAACUUCUACUACAAGCAUGAUCAGGAGGGUUUAUUGAGCAUGGCAAACGCAGGCCCCAAUACCAAUGGUUCUCAGUUCUUUAUCACAACAGUUCCAACUCCUCAUUUGGAUGGAAAACAUGUGGUGUUUGGCCAAGUAAUUAAGGGGAUGGGUGUGGCAAAGAUACUGGAAAAUGUGGAAGUGAAAGAUGAAAAACCUGCAAAAUUGUGCGUUAUUGCAGAAUGUGGAGAAUUGAAAGAGGGGGAUGAUUGGGGAAUAGUUCCAAAAGAUGGCUCUGGUGACUGUCACCCAGAUUUCCCUGAAGAUGCAGAUAUAGAUUUAAAGGAUGUAGAUAAAAUUUUAUUAAUAGCAGAAGACCUAAAAAACAUUGGAAAUACUUUUUUCAAAUCCCAGAACUGGGAGAUGGCUGUUAAAAAAUACACGAAGGUUUUAAGAUAUGUGGAGUGUUCGAAGGCUGUCACUGAGAAAGCCCAGGGUGCGAAGCUGCAGCCUGUCGCUUUAAGCUGUGUGCUGAAUAUUGGGGCUUGUAGACUGAAGAUGGCAAAUUGGCAAGGAGCAGUAGACAGUUGUUUGGAGGCUCUUGAAAUAGAUCCAUCAAACACCAAAGCACUGUACCGUAGAGCUCAAGGAUGGCAAGGAUUAAAAGAAUAUGACCAAGCACUGGCUGAUCUUAAGAAGGCUCAGGAGAUAGCACCAGAAGAUAAAGCGAUCCAGGCAGAGUUGCUGAAAGUCAAGCAGAAGAUAAAGGCACAAAAAGAGAAAGAGAAAGCAGCAUAUGCAAAAAUGUUUGCUUAAUAAGUAAUAGUUUUAAUGAGUGGGCUGUAUAAAAGCAGUAAAAAAUAACGGUCUUUGUUUUAUUGUGUGAUUCAUAAUGUGUUUGAUACUUCAGUUUGCCAUGUUUACAGUUCAGGAAUACUGAUAAGGAUUCACUAAAUAACUUUGCCAAAUACAGUGAAAUUGUUUUUUAAAAAUGGCUAUCUGCAUUAUUCACAAAGAACGUGUCCAGCUUAUUUUAAACCUGAAAGAGACACUUACUGAAUAAACAGAUUAAAGCUUAAAUUUGUAUAUUGUUUCUUUCACUUCUUGUUGUAUCUGUGGUUUACUUGUGCUGGUGUCUUAUAGCUAGAUAUGCACAUCAGUGGUUGACCAAAAAGGCUUUGUGGAUCAGUGUAGUUUGUCAUAGCUACUUAGUUCUAUACUCGUAACUCAGAAGC